AUCUAUCUACAUACGUUUUUUUGGUCAGGAGCAGUCAGUCUGUAGUACACCCUGUGUGCUUUUCCGCCAGUGUGCUGUGCUGCUCUGUGCUGCUCUGUGCUCUGUGUGCUGUUGCUGCCCUUUGAUCCUUGCAUUAGUGUUAGUUAGGCGCUCGGAGACACACACACAGAGCAGCCAUAGUCAAGACACAGGAACAACACCACUACCACCAUCUCCUCCCCUGUUCCUACUUCAGACAACACACUCAAAACCGGGGACAGCCAGGUGCACGACAAGUCCCUGCCAUCAGGCACUCGCAUACAGUUUCCAUGGGAAAAAAAAAAUCUUCUUAUCCCUAAACAAGGAGAAGAAUGUGAAAAAAGGGGAAAAUGCCCAGGAGGAAGCAGGAGCAACCCAAGCGCCUGCCUUCACGGAUGUAAGUGGGUGCACCUGACGGAUGCUUCACAGUGUAUGCACCUGGAUUCACAGCAUGUCAGUAGAGGUUUCUAUUUAACCUUGGAUUCACAAAAUGUUGACAGAAUAGAGGAAGAACAAGGAGGAGAGCCCCUGGGACAAGACAGCUGGUUUGGGAACACUUCAGACACUCCAUCCGAGUCCUCCUAUGGGGAUGUGCAGGACGAGCUCAGGAUUUCUCCCCUUCAGGAACAGGACACCUCCACGGAGAGCUCUCUGGGCUGCCCCACCCCCGUGCAAGGGAAUUCUCUGGAACUCUUGGGGCUUGACAAUGAGGCGUUCAAGCAGGGGGGCUUUGCCUGCAAGGACCAGCUGUCCUCCGUCGUCUCUUCUCUGUAUGAGGACAGCUCCCAGAUGCUGGUCAAGCCGCUGAGCAGCAACCUGAGGCGUCUGCUGGAGGCUGGCUCCCUCAAGCUGGAUGCGGACGACCUAGCAGCAAGAGGGAGAGGGGGGGACUCCCCACCAGUCAAGCUUGGCUCCAGCCUGGCCCUGUCCCCCUCUUCCCAUCACGCCCAACAGUUAAGUGCCCUUGCCCGGAAGCUGGCCAACAGCACCUCCGCAGCUGCCUCCCCAGGAGCAGCAACAGUGUCUGCAAACAGCAUCAAGCAGGAGCCCUGCGAUCCCUUUGUCACCAGCAGCAGUGGUGGUAGCGGUUUUAUGUGGGGAAGCCAUGAGAAGUGGCCGCCUGCCAGCUCGACCCCCAGCAGCAGCCUCUCCCCAGACUCUGCCAUCCAGAAGCUGAAGGCAGCUGCCAAUGCGGUACUCCAGGACCAGAGUGCCGCGGCGUCAUCCUCCCCCUCUGCGUCGACAGCGGUGGGGAGGCCUGAAGAGACAAUGCGCUUUGACGCAUUCACCUCCCCCUUCAGCCCGCAGUCGGCUAGCUCCACGCUGGCGGCCCUUUCGAAGAAGGUGAGCGAGAGGGGCCUCUCCUCCGGUCAGGUGGAGCACCAGCCACCCGCCAGCUCCUUUCUCUCGCUUGUCUCCAUGACGUCCUCAGCGGCCCUGCUCAAAGAGGUGGCGGCCCGGGCCGCUGGGAACCUUCUGGCCGACAAGAAGGAGCCUCUGCCUCUGGUGGUGGGCACGCCAGAGGACUUCAAGCCACUGCUGGACAAGAACCAGAAGAUCGUGACAACGCCGUCGCAAACCCUGGAGCUGCUCCUGCCAUCAACAGCCAAGGGGAGAACCAAAGCCAGCAAUCAAGGAGCUCCAGCAGCCACUGAAGAGGGAGGGAAGCCGUUUCAGUGCCCUGUGUGUGGUCUGGUCAUUAAGAGGAAGAGCUACUGGAAACGACACAUGGUGAUUCACACCGGCCUCAAGAGCCACCAGUGCCCGCUCUGCCCCUUCCGCUGUGCCCGCAAAGAUAAUCUCAAGUCGCACAUGAAGGUACAGGUUCACCAGCACCAAGACAGAGGCGAGACUUUCCAGUGUGAACUCUGCCCCUUCACCUCGUCGCGUCACUUCAGCCUCAAGCUGCACAUGCGCUGCCACCAGCACUUCCCCUGCUCCGAGGUCAAGGUGAAGGAGGAGGUGACGUCGGACACCGAGGGCGAGGGCUCCACCGCGGGGGAUCAGGAGGGGAUGUUACAGGGGCAAACCCCCCCACCGCCUGACGCCUGGCUCAAGCUGCACCCUGCCGUCUCCUCUGAUCACAUCCCUGCCGCCAUCAAGGAGGAGCCCCUGGAAAGGGACAUAUCGGUGGUGCCGUCCCCCCUUUGCAGAAACAGGCUCCCCGGCAGCACCAAGCCUCAGGACUACUCCAUCUCCAAUUUGAAAACAAACCCCCCUCCCACCUCCCUCUUCAGCCCUGACAUCUCCACCAAGUCGGCAACAGAUUUUCUCAUCAAGCUUUCAGCUGCGAAUCAAAAAGAAGCUCCAAAGCCCCAGUUCAUCGUGAAAGAGGAACCCCGGCCUGAAGAGUCCAAGAGCCCCACGGUGCCGCAGGGCCAGCCGAGCUACAUGUUCUGCCAGGAGCCUCCAGCAGUGGACGCUCCCGAGAGGCCCUUGAGCACAACAGAAGGUAGCCCUCUCGUCAAGAGCAGCCUUCUGAGUCAGGACAUCAGCAUGAAGGUGGCAUCAGAGAUGCUGAUGAAACUCUCAGAAAACAACAAAGAAGCAAAUAUACAAAAGGUCACAGUGAAAGCAGAACCAAUGGAAGUGGACUCCCCCGAGGACCUUCCCUCCUCUGCUCACAUGCUUGGCUUCAGCACUUUACCAAGGCAGGAAAAAAACGAGUCGCUAACAAACUUACCUGAGGCCUUGAUGUGCCAUCAGAAGCCUCUCUUCAGCCAGGAUAUAUCGGUCAAGAUGGCGUCCGAGCUCCUCUUCCAGUUGUCAGAAAAAGUGAGCAAAGCUCACAACCACAAAUCUAACAGUGUCCUGAACAGAAUGAACAGCCCUUACCUUGAAGAUGACUUCAGACAAUCGCCCUUUAACUCCAGCUCUAAGGACCUGUUACCCAGCGAAUCAGGCUGCUCUGGGAGGGUAUCACUCCAAGACUCUGAGAAGCCGGGUCUGGAAUCAGGGAAUGGAAUAAACCAGUGGAAGAUGAGUGAGCAGCUGUUCCCCUGCAGUAUCUGUGGGAAGGUGUUCGGGAGACAGCAGACACUUUCUCGACACCUCUCCCUGCAUACUGAAGAGAGAAAGUACAAGUGUCACUUGUGCCCCUACGCUGCCAAGUGCCGUGCCAACCUCAACCAGCACCUGACGAUCCAUGCCGUGAAGCUGGUGAGCACUGACGCUGAGGAAAUCGUGAGCGCAGUGACCACCGAGAACAGCGAACGCAAGAACUACCCCUAUUAUUACUGCUGCCACGUCUGUGGAUUUGAGACAGAGCUGAAUGCCCAGUUUGUCAGCCACAUGUCCCUUCAUGUUGAUAAGGAGCAGUGGAUGUUCUCAAUCUGCUGUGGCACUUGUGACUUCAUCUGCAACGAGGAAGGGGAGAUGAAGGUGCAUGUAAAUGCAGGCCAUGCAGGUCACAACUCAAAAAGCCCUCUGAGUGAGACAAAGAGCACAUCCUCCUCGCUGUCGGCACUUAGCGAUUCCUUCAAUGGCUCAGAGAGCAGUGACAUCGCCCACGGCAACGAGGAGCUCAAGAGCUUUCUGGCCCCGCCCAUGGAAACUAGCACCCAAUCAGGUUCAGGGAGCCACUCUGGAUCGGGCGCAGAGGAAAAGUCUGAAAAAGGUUUCGAAUGCAUUUUCUGUAACUUUGUCUGCAAGACGAAGAUGAUGUACGAGCGGCACUUGCAGAUCCACUUGAUCACGCGGAUGUUUGAGUGUGACGUUUGCCACAAGUUCAUGAAGACUCCAGAGCAGCUGCUGGAGCACCAGAAAUGCCAUACCGUUCCGACUGGAGGGCUCAAGUGCCCCUUCUGCAUCUACUCCACAAACCGGCCCUCGGCCAUGGAGUGCCACCUGAAGUCACACUACAAGAUGGAGUACAAGUGCCGCAUUUGCCAGACGGUCAAGUCCAACCAGCUGGAGCUGGAGAUGCACAUCCGUGAGCACCGGCUGGGCAACCACUACAAGUGCGAGCAGUGCGGCUACCUGUCCAAGACGGCCAACAAACUGAUCGAGCACGUGCGCGUGCACACCGGGGAGCGGCCCUUCCACUGCGACCAGUGCAGCUACAGCUGCAAGCGCAAGGACAACCUCAACCUGCACAAGAAGCUGAAGCACGCCCCCCGCCAGACCUUCAGCUGCGCAGAGUGCGCCUUCACCACCACGCACCCCUUUGUGUUCAGCCGCCACGUCAAGAAGCACCAGAAUGGGGAGUGCCUGGACGACGACCACCACCACCACCACCACCACCAUCCGCAGAAGGGCAAAGAAGCCUUGACCAGCAGCAGCAACGGCAGUGGGAGCAGCAGCCCUCUCUUGACCAUGUCCGCCUCUCAUGCGCUGCAGUCCGUGGCUCUGUCCGUGACGGGCAAACAGCAGCAGGCGGUAGAGCCGGUUCUGCGUUACCUUUCAACAAACGGGACCUCCUUUUCCUCCCAUUACGAGAAGUACAGGAAUUGUGACCUGGCCCACCUUAUUCCCCUCACCACCCUCUUCCCACUUAGCCAGUUCGGUGACAGCACCAGGGGGAGCAACACAUUCCACCAUUCCUACUCCAGACUGCGGCCCGAGUCCUCCUGCCCCUUCCCCUCUCCAGACUCACCCAAACACUCCUUCCUCGCCUACCUGGGGCUCACUGAGAGGGCAAAGACGGUCUAAGUUUGCCUCCCUGAUACCCACCCCCACUCACUUGACAGUACCAUUGCAAUAGGGGCUUUUCAACCAAGUUAACACGACUUGCUGGAUAUAAUGGUAGUCGAGCUAGAAAGAAUAAGGCUGUAUGUGCGCUUAUUGCAUUUAUAUCAUGGCUGCUUUUUCUUCUUUGUUAUAAUCGUUUUAGUUAACUUCUCUUAAAUAGGAAUCCACUGCACUACCCAAAAAUCACUGGGAGGGGAAGAGAAUGAGGAGGGGGUAGGAGUUUAGACAUGUUGUCUGAACGGUUUCCGAUACUCUCUUCACCGUGUUCCAAACAGUUACUUCUUGGAUGUCUG